AUGGCGGCGUUGCCAUCAGACGAGGGAAAGACCCGUGACAAGGUCCAGGGAGAUGUGGGACCAGGGAUGGUGAGGGACAGGCAGAGGUUGGAGGAGACCAGAGGAGCAGUGGCCUGGUGCACACCCCUUACCCACUCUCCCCUCCACACACCCACACACCUCAGCUACAAACGGAGCAAGGGUGGACCCAGGAUGACCAGCCCAUCAACAGAGAUUGAGGCCAAGGAGGCUUGUGAUUGGCUAAGGGCUGCAGGGUUUCCACACUACGCCCAGCUCUACGAAGACUCCCAGUUUCCUAUAGAUAUCUCGUCAGUAAGGAGGGACCAUGACUUCUUGGACAGAGACCUGGUUCUCUCUCUCCCCCUUAUCUCUCACUCUCUUUGCAGACGUCUCAACACCCUGAACAAGUGUUGCUCCAUGAAACUAGACGUCAGCCACCCCAGGAAGAAAACUGAUGAUUCAGACGAGGACCCGCUGACCUUUGAGUGGAACAGCCAGCACUGGUCCCGCCUCCAGGACAUGCACUUCCUGCUGGGCUCGCCCAAUGAGAGCAGCCCUGAGGGGCGUCAGGGCGAGGGGGAGGGACUCCUGCAGAGCACGGUUAGCAGUAAGAGCGUCUUAACGGACGUCAGCGAACCAGAGAUCAUGGAUAUAUCCUCUCUUCACAGCCAAGAGUCUCUAGGAGCCUCGGUCUCUAUGGCAUCCCUGGUCGGGCCCUACCAGCCUCCGAGGGACAUGUCCCACUACAACUCUCUACCAAUCAAAAGCAGCCGUCAUGGCCAGGGUGGGCGGAGUCCGGCGAAGUCCUUCCUGCGUCGCAUGGAGAUGAUGCGUACGUGGGGGCCGUCCUUCAGGAGGAAGACAGGAAGUGGACGGGCUCUGGUCAUCAGUGGGCCGGUCUUACAGGGGGAGGAGCCCCAUGCACUACAGACACUCCACUGUGUCCCCAUCAACCAAUCAGAUGGCAGUCCUCAUCAAUCAGAUAACAUCACUUCCCCUGUUGCCCAUGGAGAUGGCAGCGAGGGCCAAUCAGAGACAAGCAGUUUGAGUUCCAUGAGUCCUAGUGUGAGGCAGAGAGUCUCUAAGCCCCGGCCUAAAAGAGGACGUGUUUACCUAGAAGACACGGAGCUGCUCUUUGGCGCCCCCCAUGGCUGGAGGACUGAAGCACAACAGAGCCCGUUCAGCAGGAACCACUUCCACUUCCGCUCAUACGAGGACCUGCUGGUCCACAUCCCCAAGGACCACAAACCAGGCACCUUCCCCAAAGCCCUGUCUAUAGAGAGCCUAGUCACCGACCACCAGCACCAGACCCCCUCUCCCUCUCCGCUCUACCCCAGUCAAGGCUCCCCCUGGGAGGGCACGGCUCUGUCCAAGAAGCCUCCCUGUCCCGGAGCUCCGCGGGGCAGCAGGGUGAGUGUGUAUGACAACGUCCCCGGGUCUCACCUGUACGCGUCCACAGGUGACCUGCUGGAUGUGGACCGAGACGAUCACCUGUUCCCCCACCUGGAUGACAUCAUCAGUCACGUCAGCGGCCUGCAGCAGAUCGUAGACCACUGGAGUCGCAGCAUGCUGACGGAGGGGGAGGAGGGGGAGGCAGGGAACGAGGAGGAGGAGGGGGGAGAGGGGGAGAGAGAUGAUACGGACCCUACAGGGACCAGAGAGAGGAGAGACUCUGGAGUGGGAGCUUCCCUUACGAGACCACGUCACCGGUGGCCGAGCUUCCGCCUGUCUGACCGUCUGAGCCAAUCAGACUCCUCGCUACAGAUCAGUACCCAAUCAGCUGUCCAGCUCAGCUUGCUCAAGAAGUUCUCUCUGCUCCGACUCACAGCCAUCAUGGAGAAAUACUCCACGUCUAACAAACAUGGUUGGACCUGGUCUGUCCCUACAUUUCUGAAGCAUAUGAAGGUUGAAGACAGUAGAGAGAAGGGUGUGUUUGGGGUUCCCCUCAUAGUACAUACACAGCGUUGUGGUUACCCUCUACCCCUCUGUCUACAGCAGGCCCUGAGUCAUCUCAGAACGCACUGCCUUGACCAGGUGGGUCUGUUCCGUAAGUCAGGUGUGAAGUCUCGUAUCCAGGCGUUGAGACAGGAGUGUGAGACCAGUCCUGACAGUGUGUGUUACGAGGACCAGUCAGCGUACGACGUAGCAGACAUGGUUAAACAGUUCUUCAGAGACCUUCCUGAACCUCUACUGACCAGCAAGCUGGGAGAGACCUUCCUACACAUCUACCAGUACGUCCCUAAUGAGCACAGGUUGCAGGCCGUGAGGGCGGCCAUCUUGCUGAUGUCAGACGAGAACAGGGAAGUGCUCCAGACACUGCUCUUCUUUCUGCGCGAUGUCACUUCCUGUGUCGAGGAGAACCAGAUGACCCCUAUGAACCUGGCUGUGUGUCUGGGCCCCUCUCUGUUCCAUCUCAACAUACUAAAGAACGGCAACCUGUCCCACAGGUCCAUCCAGAGGAAGUAUGCUACUGGUCGGCCAGACCAGAAGGACCUUAAUGAGAACCUUGCUGCCACACAGGGCCUGUCUCACAUGAUCACUGAGUGCCAACACCUGUUCGAGAUCCCACAGGAGACGAUGAGCCAGUCUCCGAACUCCUACAUGGAGGCUGAGUUUCUAGCGCCCCCUCUGGCCGAGCUGUGUAAGACACACGAGGAGGAAGAGGAGGAGGAAGGGUCCUACCACACACUAAUGGAGGGGCUGGUGCGGGGCCUACUGAAGGAGGCCCGAGACAAGAGUAAAGGAUGGGUGUCCCGGGCCUCCACCGACCACACUGAACUGGCCUUCAAAAAGGUGGCUGAUGGUAACCCCCUGCGGCGGUGGCGUGUGUCUGUGGAGGUGUGUGCCCCGCCCAGUGAUGUGUUGGAGAGGCUGCUGAAGCAGCGCCCCCUAUGGCAGGCAGACGUACUGGAGGAGAAGGUUCUGGAAACCCUGGACAGACAGACAGACAUCUACCAGUACAGCCUGCAGAGCAUGUCACCACACCCCAACACGGACUAUGUGGUACUGAGGUCAUGGCGUAACGAUGUGUCUAAGGGUUGCAGUGUGUUGGUGUGUGUGUCAGUGGACCAGGAGGACAGUCCAGCCCAGCCUGCAGUGAGAGGAGUAGUUCUAGAGUCCCACUACCUUCUGGAAUCCUGUGGAACUGGCAGGUCCAGGCUCACACACAUCUGCAGGGUUGACCUGAAGGGCAGGUCUCCAGAGUGGUAUAACAAGGUCUUCGGUCACCUGUGUGUCUCUGAGGCCCAGAGGAUCCGUUCCUCCUUCACCCUACAAACCCCCUCAGGCCCUGAGACCAAGAACUGAACCCCAGGAAUAGGUUCUGAGGCUGGGCUACAUCGGCAUGGAGGAUGGCCCCAUGGACCAGAGGACCAAAGAAAAGUUACUGUAGAAUACAGGAGAACAGGAGUGCUAGAACAAUGGACUCAGUACCUGGAACAAUAGACCUAGAACCUUUGAAUCAUGACCAGAGAUUAAUGGGUCUAGAACCAAGACAACGGUGGGCUAGAACCAUGCACCUAGAUCCAACAAUAAAUUACUAGAUCCAUUGACCCAGAAAAAGGAAUCCAUUGUCCUAGAUCCAUGGAACUAGAACCAGGGAACACUCAGUGGACCUAGAACUUGGAACCAUGUUUCUUCAUUCUGAAACCACUGAUCCAGGGAAUGGAGAGAGACAGGCAACAUCUCUCUGGAACCAGUGACUUAUAGAACCAGGGAACAACGGUGAUUAAGAUCUUAGAAUCAGGUAAACAGAACGAUCCAGAAGUUGGAACAUGGAAUACGGAAUGAUCUAGAACUUGGAACCAGGGACACUGAACAAUUUAGAACUUGCAACCAAGGACACUGAACAAACUAGAACUUGGAACCAGGGACACUGAGAAAUCUAGAUCUUAGAACCAUGGACAUGGAACAAUCUAGAACGAUCUAGAAUUUAGAACCAGGGAUUUUGAACGAUCUAGAAUUUAAAACCAGGGAUUUGGAACGAUCUAGAUUGAACUUGAAGACAUCUCUGGCUCCUACAGCGUUAUCUCUGUUCUCAUUACCACUGUCCCUUUUAAACUGGUAUCAUUAGUCAUAAUGAUAUGAAUAAUAUCAUCUCUAUUGUCUAUGUUAAUUAUAUAAUUAUAUUAUCUAUUGUAUUAUCAUUUGUUAUAUU